CAAACAGGAAGUGUAACUGGCCGAGCUCGCGACGUGAAAGUCAAGCCGAAGCGGAACGCGAUUCAUCUGAGGAAAAUACCAACAUGUCGUUUGAACUUUAACUCGUCCCUGCACAUUUCUUUACUUUGUGUUUUUUGUUAUGUUGGAAAAGCGGCGGUUGUUAUAAUGAUUCUGGCCGCAGCUCAAACGUUUUGUGUUGCAUCAGCCGCGGGUCGAGCACUUGCACGAAGUGUUCGACAUUAUUGUAGAGAGGCUCCGACGAAACUAAGAAUUUCCGAGGCACUUUCAGGCGCUGAACCGGGGACAAAUGUCAGAGUACAGGGGUGGGUUCGCUCUGUCAGACCUCAGAAGACCAACCUCUUCCUCCAUGUGAAUGACGGGAGCUCUUUGCAGCCAUUGCAGGUUGUUGCUGCCUCAACGCUGGAUGACCCGUCGCUCACGUUCGGCAGUGCUGUUGACGUCACAGGCGUUCUUAAGAAAAGUCCACACCACAAACAGCCCGUUGAGCUGGAAGCAGACCACAUCCAUGUAGUUGGACAAUGUAACCCUGUGGAUUUCCCCUUUAAAAUUAAAGAGAGGCACAGCCUUGAGUAUAUUCGCCAGUUCCCUCAUCUUAGGUGCAGAACAAAUGCCUUUAGUUCCCUGUUGAGAAUACGAAGCGAGGCCACUGCUGCAGUUCACUCCUUUUUCAAGGAAAAUGGCUUUGUCCAAAUUCAUACUCCAAUCAUCACCUCAAAUGACUGUGAAGGAGCAGGUGAGCUCUUUCAACUGGAGCCAUCCAGCCCAGAGAAUGAUGGGAAUGAGCACUUCUUCUCUGUCCCAGCUUUCCUGUCUGUGUCUGGUCAGCUUCAUUUGGAAGUGAUGUCAGGGGCCUUUUCCAGAGUCUACACAUUUGGGCCAACCUUUCGCGCAGAGAACUCCCAAAGCAGACGCCACCUGGCUGAGUUUUACAUGGUGGAGGCUGAGGUCUCCUUCACAGAGUCCUUAGAGGAUCUUACCAAGGUCAUGGAGGACAUGUUCAGAUGUGUCAGUGAGUAUGUCUUGGCCCACUGUGCAGAGGAUGUGGAUUUGUUUCACAAGCAUGUGACUCCAGGACACAGGGACACAGUAGAUGCUAUGCUGAAGAAAAGAUUCCCUGUGAUUACCUACAGUGAUGCUAUAGAUAUCCUAAACCGCAGCUCUGAGGAAUUUACCUUCCCGACACAUUGGGGUUGUGACCUUCAGACAGAACACGAGAAGUACCUGGUGAAACAUUGCGGCAACAUUCCAGUCUUUGUGACUGAUUAUCCGUAUGAUCUUAAGCCUUUUUAUGCGAGGGACAACCAGGACAGUCCUCAGCACACAGCAGCUGCAGUGGAUCUGCUCGUGCCAGGAGUUGGAGAGCUCUGUGGGGGCUCGCUGAGGGAGGAGAGGCUGGAGUUGCUCAGGGCUCGGCUGGAGGAGGCAGGACUAGAAGACACCUACAGCUGGUAUCUGGAUCUGAGGCGUUUCGGCUCGGUCCCUCACGGGGGCUUUGGACUGGGAUUUGAGCGAUAUUUGCAAUGCAUUCUGGGUGUCGCCAACAUAAAAGAUGUGGUUCCUUUUCCUAGAUUUUCCCAUUCUUGUCUUUUGUAAAGCACAACUGUAGCCUAAUAGGUGCAUUUCCAGUCAGUGACGACUGCCGUUGCUGUUUGCUGAAUAAAUAAAUUGCAAAGUGUUGCUUAUUAUGUAAAUAUUUUUUAUUGUAUCUGUAGGUGUCAAAUAAAAACAUUGUUAAUAUUU